AUGGGAAUAAAAAUUCCUGAAUUGAAUAUAAACAUUGAAGAAGAUGAACUUUAUAAUUUAGAUGUUCAAAGUAUUGAUCAUCCAACAAUAAGUUCUGGUGGAAAAUGGAUACUUAAUAAUGUAUGGGUUGUUCAUAAUGGAAACUGUUGGUUCUUGUCAGUUUACCUUUGA